AUGCAGACUCCGGCGACCAUGGUGAUGGGGAUCGUCUUCGCCCCCUUGGGUCUGGUGCUGCUCUUCACCGCGGCCAUCACCCCCCAGUGGAGAGAGGGCCACACGCGUCUAGACUUGGCCGGGCCUGGCUCUGUUCUCCUCAGGACUGUGGUGAAAAGCCACGGUCCCGGAGUCCGCCCGGCAACCACGGACAGUCUGCUGCUGGUCCGCUCAGAUGGGUUAUGGGAGAGUUGUCUGCAGUUGGAGCACUCCGAGCUAAAGCAGUGCUGGCCAGUGGCGGGUCCUUAUCAGCGAGACCGCCGGGUCCGCCUGGGGCAGGGUUUGGUCCUGACGUCCUUGUUCCUGUGCGGAACCGGCAUCCUCCUCUCCUGCAUCGGGGUCCGCUGUUGGACGGAUCUCCCGCUUCGAGGGGUGGCAGCGACCGGGGGGCUCCUGGUGGUGGUGGCUGGGGUGCUCAGCAUGACUGCGCUGGUGGUGUACACCCACAACCUGCACAGGCUGGGGACAGAGAACCUCCAGAAAAACCUGAACAGUGCCAGGUUCCCUCAGCUCAGCUUGCGCCCAGCUGGCUCGCUCUACUUUGGAUGGUUGGGUUCGUGCUUACAGGUACUGGGAGGGGGCGCCCUCGUGUUCAGCUUCAAGAGACCGCGAUGCAGAACCUGCCCCGAGUUCGCGGCCUGUCCCGCGUGUCGGCCGUGCUCGGAGAUUCGCAACAAGCCCGACUCUGACAUGUAUGAAGUCAGCUGUUAAGAUGGGACCAUGACUUUCAAAUUCAUCUGCAACAGUGAUCCAGUGCCGGGGGUUCUCAAACUUUUUGGGUCCAAGGACCACACUUUCUAGAUCAGACAAAAAUAUGGCUUGGCUAAAUGAAGUUUCUCCCCUCAGUGUGUGGCACGACGAUGCCACUAUGUAGUGCCCAAGCAAUCUUUUUAUAUGGAAAUGACUUUAGCUACAAAAAUAGCAAAUUGGUGAGAGUUAAUUA